AUGGUGUCGGGCUGUGACCAGUGUGGGAAGAGUUUUACUCUGAAAAGUACUUUAAAAACCCAUCAACUCACCCACAGUGGACUUAGGCUGUUCAGCUGUGACCAGUGUGGGAAGAGAUUUACUCUGAAAGGUAAUUUAAAAGCCCAUCAACUCAUCCACAGUGGACUUAAACCGUUCAGCUGUGAUCAGUGUGAGAAGAGUUUUAGUCAUAGUAGUGAUUUAAGAAAACAUCAACUCAUCCACAGUGGACUUAAACCGUUCAGCUGUGAUCAGUGUGGGAAGAGUUUUGCUCGGAAAGCUACUUUAAAAGCCCAUCAACUCAUCCACAGUGAAGGUAAACCGUUCAGCUGUGACCAGUGUGUGAAAACCUUUGGUGAACAUGAACUGUUGAUCCAUCAAUGCCCCCACUCUGGAAGGAAGUCGUACCACUGUGACUUUUGUGGAAAAGCCUUCAAGAACCAAACGAACCGAAACCGUCAUCAACGCAUCCACACUGGACAAGAUGUUUACGUGUGUAAUCACUGUGGCAACCUAUUUGUACAUUAUGCACAGUUUAAAGCCCAUGAAGCUACCCACACCGGGGUUAAACCGUACCAUCCUGACCAAUGUGGGAAAGGCUUCAGCUCCACUGCGUCCCUAAAGGCUCACCAACGUGUCCACACUGGGAAAAGACCAUACAGAUGUGACGAGUGUAGUAAGACUUUUAGAUUGUCAGGUUCCCUGAAACAACACCAACGGAGCCACACCAGAAAGCAGCGCAACGGCGAGGUAUGUAAAGACUGGUGUCAGUAA